AUGCCGUUGGCUCCCGUGGACGACAAGGGGACACACCUUUUUUACGAGGACAGCGGUGCCCCUUGGGCAUGUCCGCAUUACACGACUCUCGUAAUCCUGCAUGGCGUUGUCUUCCACGGCGCGAUCUUCAAACCUUUGAUACCCUAUGCCCGGCAACGUGGCAUACGCCUCGUCAUGGUGAACUAUCGAGACUACCCUGGAUCGACUCCGUAUUCCUGGGCCGAGUUGGCGGCGCUCGGAAGCAAGAAGCAGGAGGCGGAGCGAUCUAUGCUGAAACAGCGUGGAUUGGAAAUCGCAGCGUUCUUGCGCUGGUACAUCAUGAAGGAGAAUAUACCCAUGGCGCCCAGCCCUCAGGAGUACCACAACGCCUGUGGAGGCGGCUUGGCCAUCCUUGCCUGGUCUUGGGGCACUGCUAUGGCGAUGUCCUUCUUGGCACAGGCGUCGACUCUCCCGCACCAAGAGAGGUGGAGGCUGGGUUCAUAUUUACGAACCAUCAUAUUCUAUGACAGCAAUUGUAAUGCGCUGGGCGUAUCCACACACCACGUCGCCGGAUUUUACAACCCGAUCCUUGAUACGCGAAUACCAAUGAAGAACAAAGGGCGCGCAUUUGUACACUGGGUCACAGCGCAUUACAACCAUCGCAUUCCUGAAGUCCUAUCUUUCCCUCACUCCUCACUGAUAGAGGUGCGCCCCGGCCUUGUCCAGUACCCCAGUACAGACUCGUCUUCGGAAUACGAGAACAGCACGGAGCGCAUGCUCUACCAAGAAUACGACGAAGUCACAGACACGGGAGUGGCCGAGCGGUCACAGUUGUUCUGGAUGGACUUCGACGUCACGGUGUACAAGGAGAUGACGGAGCUGGCCAUGUACGACGCGACGAUUUGGCCACAUCUGCAAAUAAAGCUCGUCUGGUGCGACAGGUCAGUCGUGGAAACGGUACUGGCUGCGUGGUAUUUUGCCCAGCAGAUGCGAGACUGGCCGGAGGGGGCGAGGAAAGUGGAGAUCGUGCGGUUCCGAGGUGCUAACCAUAUGCCGCAUUGGAACGAGCCCGAGAAGACGAUGGACCGUUUGGCCAAGCUGAUACACUGUUGA